AUAGAGCUUCUAUUGGAACGUAUUCUUCUUCGCCGUAAUCCAUCAGCAAUAGCUAUUGUACGUCUGAUGAGACGCUGUCGUAUGGGAGCCGUUCAAGUUUCCGUGCAGUUCAUCUUCAUGCAGCUUGUUCUAAUGGAACUGUUCUGCGAGGACGGCAUAAUGGAUCCAAACGAUCCGCGAAUGACUGAUUUUCGGAAGAAAUACGAAAGGCUGUUAACUCGUUAUAACGAAGGUCUGGCCAAACGACAGAAAGUCUCACCUUCGAAGGGAUCGACUUUAAGCGAAGAAGCGACGACUGAAGCAAAGGAAUGA